AGUACCUGCUGCAUCUCUACACCAGCGUCACGUUCCGUGAGCGACAGAGCCGCGAGCUGGGCGGAGGCGCAACAACGAGAACUGCUCCUCGCGGUCGGUCAAAACAACUUCUCCCGUCACGUGACCGCCUGACGCACCGUCCUCCACUCUGCGCUGAUGCAGAGAGGGAGGGGGGGUUUCCAUCAUGGCGUCGAUGCAGAAAAGGCUACAAAAGGAAUUAUUGGCCCUGCAAAAUGAUCCGCCCCCAGGAAUGACGCUCGAUGAGAAAAGUGUACAGAACACCAUCACACAGUGGAUUGUAGAUAUGGAAGGCGCAUCUGGCACGUUGUAUGAAGGAGAGAAAUUUCAGCUGCUUUUCAAAUUUAGUAGUCGAUAUCCUUUUGAUUCCCCUCAGGUAAUGUUCACAGGAGAGAAUAUACCUGUCCACCCACACGUGUAUAGCAACGGUCACAUCUGUCUAUCUAUUCUGACGGAAGACUGGUCACCAGCGCUCUCCGUGCAAUCAGUUUGUCUUAGUAUUAUCAGCAUGUUGUCCAGCUGCAAAGAAAAGAGACGACCACCUGAUAACUCGUUUUAUGUAAGAACAUGUAACAAAAAUCCAAAGAAAACAAAAUGGUGGUAUCACGAUGAUACAUGCUAAUGUACAAACUUUGUAAUAAUCGUAGAAGAAAGAAGUCCUACUGACCUACAUAAAGCACUUUUUAAUCAUUCAGUCUUUGAACUCUGACUGGAAUAACGGACACCGUGCGCUGGAGGCUCUUGGCUGCGUUUUUUUUUUUUUUUUUUUCCAGAGCAGGCAGUCAGCUUGCAUGUUUUAGUUGGUUGUAUUAUAGAAAAUGGAAAUAAAUGAAGAUUUAGAAGUAACCCCAAGACGUAUUGUUUUUGGCAAACAGGAUUUAAAAGCAGCAAGAGGCAGAUUUUUAGGGAGACGAUUUAAAAUUUCCAGUUUGGGCGAUUAUUACUGUUUUUGUGUGUGUGUGUGUGGACGCAUUUUAAGGUACUUGUGUUGUGCAAUACCGACUGAUGGACGCAUGCUUGGGCCUGUAGAGAAACCCCGAUGUUGUCCUCUAGAAGGGUUCUGACCAUCAAGCCCCAAGAAAGUGCUUCAUCUGUUUGUUUGUUUGUUUUUUUUCCUCCAUUAUUAUUUUUCUUAUGCACUGUGAAAGGAUCUGGUUUGAAAAGGAACUAUUCGUACGUUAUCCAUGACAUGCAGCCACACUGUACUACGCUGUUGUCUGAAACCACUGUAUCAAGAUUGCGCCGUUUUUCUUCAUCUUCCAUCUGGACACCUGCUUUCCGUUCUUCCUCCUGCGGUACAAAUGGGGAUAAAAAAAAAAAACGGACGGGGCGACGCCUCUGGAGUCAUCGGAGGACCUCGGUGCACAUCUCUGAAGGCUGGGGCAGUUGUCACAAGCCGUCGAGACGCGCCGCACCCUCUCUUCCUCCUUAAAGAAUGUCUGUAAGAGAACAUUGAUUCAUUUUUAUAUGUACAAUGAUAUAUAUUUAUGUACUUUUUAAAUUAACAUGCUUUAAUUUUCUGUCUUUGAAACGUUUGAUUUUAAAUCUGCUUUUGUACUUUUUUCUGACUAGCUGAUACUUUGGAAAAGGGGGUUGUUUAGAAGGGUCAGUAUGAUAUUAUUAUUUUUUUUCUCUUUUUUUUUUUUUUUUUUUGAUAUUCGUUAUUUAAUUUAAAUCCUCGUUUGAUCUCCAGAGCAGCAAUGAAUGACGAAAAAGGAGUUGUAAAGAAAGCUUUUGUGAUGCCCCCCACCCCCCUCCUCCUUGUCAGACUUUUGGCUCAGGUACUUUUUCAAUAAAGAGAUCACCUCUAAAAGAUACCUAUUAAAUAUUUUGAAUUUAACUAUAUUUUCACCAAAAGAGACUGUUAUGUUUUAAAAUAUUGUACAUAGGUCUUUAAAAUGUUUGACAAUGCGACAGAACACCACAGAGGAUGCGUUUAGUUUCUGGCUGAAUGAUGAAAGGAGUGCUUUAUUUCUCUGGAAGUUAGUUCGCAGACAUACGUUGGUACAAAAAGAAAUAAAUAAUAAAAAAUCAAGAAGUUAGUAGUUUUAUCGUGGGGAUGCAUGCAAUUUUAAACCCUACCCUUUCAUACCGACAUCAAAACAUUGUGACGACUUUUUAGUCUUUCCGGCCUUUAGGAACUUUUUUUUUUUUUUUUUUUGCAGAAGAUUUAUCACAAAGCUCCCUUUUUAGAAGCUGUGGUCAAUCCAAGCUGCAAUCACUCCAUUCCUAAUUGAACGUUUAUCUCUUAAGAUACUUGAAUUUUUCCAUCUUGGGUUGUUUGUGUUGAGUUGUUUUGGUGAGGCAGGGUUGAUCUAGCAGAGUUGAGUGAAUGUGAUGAUGAUAAUGCCGCUGCGAUCUCAAAAACUAUAUAAUUAGUAUUUUUAUUUUCAUCAUAAUGGCUCUUGUUGACUGUCAUGCUAUGAGGACAAAAAGGUUGUGAAGUACAUGUAAAUGCAGUUAGAACAGCAAAUGUGCAGAGAGGGAAAAACCAGGCUUUCAUCCAGCAGUUUUUAGAACUUGAGUGAAUGUUACAAGAUUCUUUGUUUUGUUUCUCUUACAAUUAUUUUGGUUCUUUUUUUUUUUUUUUUUUUUUUUCCAAUGUGUUUUGAACUUUUAGUUUGCAGGUUGUGAGUGAUAAACACUAAUAAGGGUGUGUUAUUUAUAUUUAAAACUUUUGUUCUGGGAUGUGCAAGCUCCAUGUAUUAGGUGCCUGUUCAUUUUCAUAAUCAAUAAUAAAGCAAAAAUUCACUUUUA